UCUGCACGCAACGCGAGAGACCCGCGGGCGCCGUCACUGCGCAGCCUCCCACGCGGCUCGGGCCAGGCCUGCGCGGCGCCGGAGACUCGCGGCCCGGCUUCUGGAGCGAUCGCAUCCCUGGCCGGUGGCCUCCCCAGCGGCUCCUCUCAUCCUGGCACCACCAUGGCGCUCAACAAUUUCCUCUUUGCGCAGUGCGUCUGUUACUUUCUGGCCUUCUUGUUCAGCUUCGUGGUGGUGGUGCCAUUGUCUGAGAACGGCCACGACUUUCGUGGCCGCUGCCUACUCUUUACCGAGGGUAUGUGGCUGAGUGCCAACCUGACGAUGCAGGGGCGGGAGCGCUUCACGGUGCAGGAGUGGGGCCCACCAGCUGCCUGCCGCUUCAGCCUGCUCGCCAGCCUCCUGUCACUGCUGCUGGCCGCUGCGCACGCAUGGCGCACGCUCUUCUUCCUCUGCAAGGGACACGAGGGCUCCUUCUUCUAUGCCUUCCUGAACCUCCUGGUCAGUGCCUUUGUGGUCUUCCUGGUCUUCAUUGCCAGCACCAUCGUGAGUGUGGGAUUCACUAUGUGGUGUGACACCAUCACUGAGAAGGGCUCCACACCCCACAGCUGCGAGGAGUUCCAGGAAACGGACUUGGAGCUGAACGUGGACAACUCUGCCUUCUACCAUCAGUUUGCUAUCGCCCAGUUUGGACUGUGGGCCUCCUGGCUGGCCUGGCUGGCCAUCACCACACUGGCUUUCCUGAAGGUUUAUCACAACUACCGCCAGGAGGACCUGUUGGACAGCCUGGUUCAUGAGAAGGAGCUUCUGCUGGCCAGGCCCACCUCCCGCACCUCCUUUCAGGGGGAGAAAAGUGCUGUCAUCUAGGCCAGGCAAGGGCAGCCCCCUUUCCUGAGGCCCACAUGAGGGGGGAGCCUGGGGACCCACCCAGGCUGGCCAACACAGCUCUGCAUAUGUCUCUUGACCCCGCCCACCAUGAAAAGAGCACCCGAGUUCCCAUGGCAAGCCUGACAGUGAUGGGGCAGAGACCAGAGACUGGGGUGGGGGGGGGGUGACUUCCAGCUUCCAGUCCUGGCCUUGGUUAGUGUGAUGCAUACUCCUUCACUCAUCUGAUCAUUUGUCCAUAUAUGUGCAUGUGUGGGAACACGCGUGUGGAUGGGAAUAUGACUGCAGAACCGAGGUGACAGUGCCAGGUUAGCAGCCUUUGCACCACCUCAGGCUCCAGCACACCUGAGUCCAUGCCCCUCCCAUAAGGGGCUGACUUCCCAUCCUACAGCACUCAGCCAAGGUCCCCAGAAGGCACCGGGGAAGGCGGCAGGUGGAGGACCCUGGGCUGGGCUCUGUCCCCUGCUCUGAGAGGACAUCUUGGGCUGCUUGGCUGUGGUGGGAGAGUUCUGCUCUCUUCCUUGGAAGCUUUCUAGGUGGCAUGGUUCUCUGUAUCGAGAGGGUGAGGCCCCCAUGGCAGAAGAGGCCCAGCCCAUCUGGAUCUCAGUGAGUGCAUUCCGUGUUUCUGGCCCUAGUCUGAAGUUGUGCUCCAAUGCUGUCCCCUAUUUCCAAGCAAGGUGAUCCUGACCUGGGUCCAAGUGCAGUGUCCACCAGUGGCUGGUGUUUUUCCAGGUGGAAGGCACUAGCUUCCAGGUUCACUGUGAGGAGCCUGUGUAUGUUGGAGGGUCAGUUGGGCCCUAAAAAUUGAAGCCAGCAAGGGUGGUCAGGGUGCUGUGCAAGGGGGUGGCUAUCUGAGGAGGGCAGGGUCAGGCCGACUGACACUCAGCCUUCUCUGAGGGCGUUGGAUGUUGGUGUCCCAGGGACUCCUGGGGAAGGGCCUCUGGCCUAGGAGUGUUGGCAGGACCCGUUGGCGGCAGGGUGUCUGUCCAAGAGAGGUCUUAUGGCAUGGAUGGCAAGAGGCAGGCAGAGGCUGCAGAGUGGUUCCCAGGUUGCCUACCAGAUGCCUCUGCUCCUGUCCAGCCUGCUACAGGGAAGUCCUGGUUUCAGUAUUCCGGGUGAGGCUGAUAGUGAUGAGUCCUACGCCUCCAUGUGUCUGAUCCUCAAGUCAAAAUAAAAUAAAGACGAAACAUCUGA